CGAACAUUCGAAUAUUUUCAACGAUUUAUUUUACGGUCGGGAUGAUCUUUUUAUCUUUGAAUAUUUCAACGUUGAAAUAUUCCCGUAUCAAAUCAAAUUACUGGACGCUCUAGAGUCAGCCGCCUAUAAUGGAUAAAAGAACUCUUGAACUUAAUAACCAGUUAAGCGUGUAGUUAACAUAUAGAUAUCGAAGAGUUUCAUUGUAUUACGUACUAUUGUUCACGAUAAGCUUGUAUACGGUCCAUUAAUAGAGGUGAUACAAGUCUUUCGGAAAUUGAAAAAAUCGCAUUAGGCCCGUCCAAAAACCCGAGAAAUAAUGACAUCGAUGAGUCCAGUCGUGAUAGCUGCUACAGCCAGACAUACAGCCACGCUGAUAUUUUUUCAUGGAUUGGGUGAUACAGGGCAUGGCUGGGCCAGUUCAAUGAGUGCAGUACGAUUACCUCAUAUUAAAGUUAUUUGUCCUACUGCGCCUACAAUGCCAGUGACAUUAAAUGCAGGAUUCAGAAUGCCUUCGUGGUUUGAUUUGCGAACAUUGGAUCCAAGUGGAGUUGAAGAUGAAGAAGGCAUGAAGAAAGCUGCAGAGAUGGUGCACUCUUUAAUUGCAGAAGAAGUUGCAGCAGGAAUACCUACAAAGCGCAUUGUAAUUGGUGGUUUCAGUCAGGGUGGUGCUUUAGCUAUAUACAGUGCUCUUACAUUUCCAGAACCCUUAGCUGGUAUCAUUGCUUUAUCAUGUUGGCUUCCUAUGCACCAAAAGUUCCCUAAUGCAGCAAUAGGAAACAGAAAUACUCCUUUGCUACAAUGUCAUGGCAACUGUGAUCCACUAGUGCCGUAUAGAUGGGGACAAAUGACUGCAUCAUACCUAAAGCAAUUCAUGACACAAACAGAAUUUAAAACAUAUAGAGGAAUGAUGCAUGCAUCUUGUGAUGAGGAAAUGAGUGAUAUGAAGAAAUUCAUUGAAAAAGUAUUGCAGCCAUAAUAGUUCUAUUAAACACAUCAAUGUUUUAAGUGUUAAUCUUAUUACCUUUAUUGUUCUUUAUUAAAUUAAUUACUUCCAACAUUACUGCUACUUAAGUCUAGUGCUUGGAGAAGAAAUAAAUGCAGUAGUAGGUGAAAAUAUUUAAAAUCUUCAAAAAAAGAAAAAAAAACAAUAC